AUGCCCCCAAAAUCCAAGGAGAAGAAUCCCGCGCGCAUUACGGUCGCCUGCAAUGCGUGCCGCUCACGAAAACAGAAACUGCGGCGUGGCCCAGCGAAGGGAUACAUUGAGAACUUGGAGCACCGCCUCCAGGUUACAGAGAGCGUGCUGUUGAAACUGCUCUCUCAGGCCUCGGACCAACAGCUCUUAGCAGCUUUGCCGAGUGACCGGACGACGAGACUAGGUCGCAAAAGAGCAUACAUGCCUUUCUCAAGGCUCAGCAAGGAAGGCAUGGACUAUUGGUCUGAUUAUCCUCUGGAUACUCCGUACAAUAUUCGGCAGUGGCAGCAAGCUUGCAUUGGCCACGAAGCCGCUGGUCUGGAGAGUCCGGAAGUUCAUUCAGAGCAUCACGAGCCUCGAGAGUCGAAAAGACGACGGGUAGAGAGCCAUGAUGCAGGCAGUUUCUUUCCUGGGGACAUACAACAAGGUGUUGAGUUCAAAGGUACAUCUGAAAGUUUCGAAAAGGAUAAACAAACGACGUCGAGGUCAAUAUAUCAGCCAGCUACGCAGAAGCCUUCAUCAGAAGUCCAGGAAUAUCAACAAACUCUGCGACGAGCUUUGAUGGAACCUUCCAGUUCGCUCAAUCUGGACAAUGGGGCAAAUAUUCAUCCCGACACAUCUCAGGCCAUCUAUACCACGACUUCAUGGACCGGAGCACCAUCUCUCAAUUUCCAACGACAGUUUCUUUGGUGA